CCUGGACCCCCAGACAGCACGAGUCCACCAAGGAUGACGGUCAGUGCGCGACUUUUAUGCUGCUGCCUAAGUCAUCGUCUCCAACAUUGCCGCCCCAUGGAUUACGCCAGACUUGCUGACGAUAACAACCACCAGCGGUGUGUGUUGGAGCUGAAUGCCUGACACCGUGUGAACCUUCGAGAUGACAUUUGCAAACCCCUCAAUCUUGGGCCGCAAGUGAGAGUAGACACUCUACAACAGCCUGAAUGCCAGACACAGAAAAGAGAUGGACACUUGAGCAACAGAGGUGCUGCGGGAUUUAGCUCGCCUUCGUAUUGUGUCGCAUCGCACCGUUAUAGCAUAAGCUGGACAUUCCAAGCAGCGUUUAUCCUUCCGACCACUUCCGCUGCGCUUAAGGCCCCAGCACCAAGCCACCGACCACGCGAUGAGACAGACAAAUGGGAGCGCCCUCGGGCCGCAGCCUUGCCCAACAGCCUCAUACGCUGAUCUUCGUGGCAACCCGACUGGUCCGUUCCCUCGGGUGCUGACGCUUCCCCAGACUCUGAGUCUACGCAGUCGCGGCAACGAAAUCGUCCGCGGCUGAAGUAAGUGAGCGAUUUGACUAUCCAUCCAAGGAAUAAAGACGUCAUUGCGAUAUUCCUUGGGUGUGAGCUCGUGCAUGAUGGCCGUCAGCAUGAGUGCAUAAGUAGAGGGUGGUUGUUCGCCUGAAACGGCCUGCCAUUCCGGCAUUUCAGUGUUCACAUCUACCUCCAACAGAACUCCAUCUAGUCGAUCCUCAUAAGAGCCCAUAAGAGAAGCGGUGUGCCACAUCAAACCCGCCUUCUACACCCACAUCUCUACCACGAGAACCCUGCAAAGAAUCAAAAGGGAAAAAAGCUUAAUCAAUCACAAUGGCCGAAGGAUUCAACGGACAAGUGCUUAUGGACCAGCCCGCCGGCACUGGCAAUCGCCCUUACGCUGCCGAAUCCUGGCUUGAACCAUGGCUCAUCAAGCACUCGGAAUUUUAUCGCAAGCACUUCACUCGCGACGGACGUCGGGAGAGCAAAUCUACCAGACGCCACAGCGUUGUCACUGAAGGACUCGAGUCCAGGAAAAACUCGGUGGCUGCGCCCGAAGCCGACGCUGCUGCUACCACUACCCCAGAGACAGAAGGUACCUACGCCACCCCCGCUCCGGUUGAGCAACCAAGAGAAAGCGUCGACGUUGAAACUGCUGCCGAAGCUGUCGCCAAGAAGGACAGAUUCAGCUCCUUGCGCCGGAGCGUUGGCUGGCUUCCACAUCCAUGAAUGAAGGGAACACAGAACGUGUCAGGCAUAUGUGGCUAGUUAAUAUCAGUCUCGAAGGAUGAUGGUGGAUUGGCAUAUGGAGGGAGGAGCGGGAGCCUCAGGAUGUACGAUUGAUACCCCAACUGAAUUAUUUGUGUACGUUUAAAUGGUGCAGCACUUGCUUCGUUCCAAAGCUUCAACCCUAGAGAUCUUGCUGUUGUCAUGUUUGCAAGACUCCUUUCACCUCUUCUUUGUCCACUGGUCGAAAGAGCUUCUGUUGCGGUAGUGUGAGGUGGUUUCUUGUGCACCUACAAUCGAAAGCAUAGUAUUUAUUCGACAGCAUGGUAUUGGUCAUCUAAUGACGGAC